AAGAAGAAGCUACUCUUAUUACCAUGGGAGUUCUUGACGAAGAUGACAUCGUCGUCAGCGGUAUCUCAGGACGUCUUCCAGAGUCGGACAACUUGGAGGAGUUCUGGGAACAUCUCAUGAACAAGGAUAACCUGGUGACCAUUGACGACAGAAGAUGGGAACCAGGUCUGUUUGGGUUGCCACCUCGCAACGGGAAGCUGAAGGAUCUGUCCCGCUUCGAUGCCACCUUCUUCGGAGUACACGCCAAGCAGGCCAACACCAUGGAUCCUCAGCUUAGGAUCCUACUGGAGGUGGCCUAUGAGGCCAUUGUGGAUGGAGGUAUUGACCCGCAGUCUAUACGUGGGACAAAGACUGGUGUCUACAUCGGUUGCAGUGUAGCAGAUGCAGCUGAGGCUUUCGGCAGUGAUGCAGAAGCUCUGGUGGGCUACAGCGUGACUGGAACUAACCGAGCCAUGCUGGCAAACAGAAUGUCCUACUCCUUUGAUUUCAGAGGUCCAAGCUACUCCGUAGACACUGCCUGCUCAUCAGGAUUUAUGGCCCUGCACAACGCCAUCCAAGACAUGCGAAGAGGGGACUGCGAUGCAGCCAUUGUAGGAGGUAGCAACCUUCUGAUGAAGCCUCAUAGCUCCCUGCAGUUUCUCAGGCUUGGUGUUCUAUCACCAGAUGGACAAUCAAAAUCAUUUGACAGUUCUGGCGAUGGCUACUGUCGAUCAGAGGGCAUAGUGGCACUAUACAUCACCAGGAAAUCAGUGUGUAAGAGAGCAUAUGGAUCUCUGGUUCACUCAGGUACCAAUACAGAUGGUUACAAAGAGCAAGGAGUGACCUACCCCUCAGGAGAGAUCCAACAGAGUCUCCUUCGGCAGUUGUACAGUGAGGCACAGAUCAACAUUGAUGAUGUGGAGUACUUUGAGGCUCAUGGCACAGGAACCAAGGUUGGUGAUCCUGAAGAGACCAAUGGCAUAGCUGCAGUCUUCUGUCAGGAUCGUACUCCAGAUAAUCCACUCCUGAUUGGCUCUGUCAAAUCCAACAUGGGCCACAGCGAGCCCACGUCCGGUCUAGCGGCCCUCGCCAAGGUCAUGUGGGCAUUCAACAAGGGAGUCAUCCCACCUAACAUCCACUUCAAUGAACCAAACCCUGACAUCACUGCUCUAGUGGAUGGACGGAUGAAGGUCGUUACCGAACCCACCCCCUACAACGGAGGCUACGUAGGCGUCAGCUCCUUUGGGUUUGGCGGAUCCAAUGUCCACCUCAUAGUGAAACCCUUUGAGAAGUCAACCAAAGUAGAAACCACAGGAUCGUCUCCGCGCCUGGUCCUCUGCGCUUCUCGCACUGAAGAAGGUGUUCAAGAACAGAUCAGCCAUCUUGAGAAGAACAAGGAAAGUGUGGAGCUGCAGAGUCUGUAUGACCAGAUUGCCAAUGCACCACUCAAUGGUAUGCCCUACAGGGGUUACACACUGGUUGGGUCAGAGCAAAGUUCAGAGGUCAAGCAAGUGUCUCCACCAGAGAGAAGACCAAUAUGGUAUGUGUUUUCAGGCAUGGGCUCCCAGUGGGCUGGUAUGGGCAAGGAUCUGAUGGUACUAAAGCCCUUCAGAGACACCAUCGACUACCUUCAUGAUGUCCUCAAGAAGGAAGAUGAUUCCAUGAACCUCAAAGGCAUCCUUCUGGAAGGGAGGGAAGAACUUCUGCAGUCUACCAUCAACUCCUUCUCAGCCAUUGCUAGCAUCCAUGUUGCCUUGGUCAAUUGCCUGAAGGCAGUUGGAGUUGAACCUGAUGGCAUGAUUGGUCAUUCCGUUGGUGAGCUUGGGUGUGGCUAUGCGGACGAUAGUCUGUCAGCCGAGGAGACUGUCCUGGCUGCUUACUGGAGAGGGCGCUGUGUGAUGGAGGCCGAGCUUCCUCCCGGAGCAAUGGCUGCUGUUGGCCUAACUUGGGAAGAGACAAAACAGAGGGUUCCACCAGGGGUGGUUCCAGCCUGUCACAAUGCCGAGGACACUGUCACCAUAUCGGGGGACCAAGAGUCGGUGGAGAAGUUUGUUGCAGAACUGCAGGAAGAAGGUGUCUUUGCACGAUCUGUCAACAGUGCCAACGUGGCCUUCCACUCGCCUCACAUGGCGCAGAUAGCACCCAUGUUACUUGAAGCCCUGGAAAGGGUGAUCACUAACCAUCGCCCUGCCUCCAGCCGCUGGGUCAGCACCUCCAUGACCUCUGCCUCCGAUGACAUUUGCCCUCCGCCCUCUGACAUGUCACUGGCUGCCUACCAGGUCAACAACCUGGUCAGUCCAGUCCUCUUCAGAGAAGGCCUGACCAAGAUUCCAGACAAUGCUGUUACUAUAGAGAUUGCUCCUCAUUGUCUCCUGCAGGCCAUCUUGAAGAGAACUCUACAUAGUAAGGUUGAGUUCCUCAGCCUCAUGAACCGCAAGAAACCAGACAACCUUGGCUUCUUCCUCACCAACCUCGGCAAGCUCUACGCCAGUGGCAUCGAUGUCAAUCUUGAGAGCCUGUACCCAGCGGUGGACUUUCCCGUAUCUGUGAGCACGCCCCCUAUCGCUCCCGCCAUCAGAUGGGACCACUCGCAAGAAUGGGAUAUCCCAACAGUGGACGAUUUCUUGAAGCAAGGCGGUAGCAGCCCAACCGUUACAAAAUUUAUCAUUGAUGUAUCCCCAGAGUCAGAGGACUGCUUCAUCAAGGAUCACUGCAUCGAUGGUCGAGUCCUGUACCCUGCCACUGGCUAUCUGUGCCUUGCUUGGCGUGCAUUGGCCAGGAUGAAGAACAUUAUGCCCAAUCAGAUGCCGGUUGAGUUCAAAGAUGUCGCCAUACACCAAGCGACGAUUGUACCCAAGACAGGCACCAUCGAAUUGGAGGUUCGCAUUUCCCCUGGCUCCAACUCAUUUGAGGUUGGUGAUGGAGACCAACUGGCUGUAUCGGGCAAGAUCUUUGUCCCAGACACUCCGCUUGCAGAGAGAACUCCUGCAGGAGGAGACUCUUCCAAAGCUGAAGCCAUCAUCCUGGAGAAAGGCGAUGUUUACAAGGAGCUGAGACUGAGAGGGUACGAGUAUGGUCCAGACUUCCAGGGCAUCGUCAGGGUCAAGGAUGAUGGAAGCGAAGGAACACUGGCUUGGUCUGGUAACUGGGUGAGUUUCACGGACACCAUGCUCCAAGUCACCAUCCUCAACAGACAGAGAGGUGUCCGCUGCCUCCGCCUACCAACCCGCAUCAGACGUAUCGCCAUCAAUCCUGCCCUCGUUGAUGUGGAGGUGGAUGGAAUGCAAGAGAUGAAGGUCACUGUGGACCCAUUCACCGACACCUGUAUGGCAGGAGGAGUGGAGAUCUCUGGUCUCCACGCAACAGUGGCUCCAAAGAGACAUGCUCAGCAUGCACCACUGCUUGUAGAGGACUUCAGCUUUGUGCCCUACAACGAAAGCAACCUGCAGUCCAAAGACCGUGUCCUCAAAGACUAUAGCAAUGUCUGUGCUGGGUAUGCACAAAGAGUCCUGGAAGACUUGAGGAAAAAGUUUCUGGGGGCUGGGAUUGAGUUCCCGUUCAGGAAUGUUGAACAGAAGGUUGGACGCGUCUUUAAUGAGAGCGAGCUGAAGCCAUUCUUGGAGAAGCCCGAGUUUGGCUACCUGAACGCAUUGAAGAAGAUUGGAGAGCUUGAGCCAAAGGAAGGUAUUUCAAACGACAUCCGGGAGAUUCUUGAAGAAGGUUGCAAGGAUGAUGUUCUGUUGCGAGGGCUUGUUCAGGGGAGACACUUCAAGAACGCUCUAGACAUUGUUUUGGAGAACACAAGGGCUCUGAAGAUGAAACUGCUCGAGGUUGGUGCCCUUUCAGGCCAGCUCUACCCCAGGGCCAUUUCUUGCCUGCACUCACAACCCACAACCGAGCUUGACUAUUCUAUCGCUGAAGUUGACAAAGAGAAGCUUGAGGGAGCCUCUGAAGAGCUUGAGGCGAUGCACAUCAAGACCCACAUCUGGGACAUUACAACCACUCCCACAAAUGGACUAACUGGAGCUGAUCUGAUCCUUGUAGAAGGAUUGACCAGACUGACCUCCAAUCUGAAUGAGGCAUUGUCCAACUUCCACUCGGCCAUCAAGGAUGGAGGCUUUGUUCUACUUCAUGACAUCACCAGCAGUCAAUCACCAGCUGGUAUCAACAUCCUGCCUUUUGACCUUCGCACUGUCGCAUCUGAGCAGACCUAUACCACUGCCCUUAAGGCUUGUGGCUUUGAGGUCAUCUCGGUCAAGAGCAGUGGAGUCUUGACCACUCUGUUCCUAUGUCGCAAGACGAGCACCAGCAACACCAGAGACACAUCACCAUUCAUAAUGAACAUUGAUGAGGAAAGCUACUCAUGGGUGACUGGGCUACAGGAGAAGAUGUUAGAAUACGAGGAAAAGCCUUCAGGAGAAAACAUCUGGUUGCUCUCGGACAGAGCCUCUCACAGUGGUAUUGUGGGAUUGACAAACUGCCUGAAACAAGAACAGGGAGGAGAAAGAAUAAGAUGUAUCUUCAAUGCAAACCCAGAGGCUUCAACCAUUGACUUCAGUCAAUUGAAUGGACACAUGGGCAAAAUCCUCAAGCAAGACUUGGUUAUGAAUGUAUACAAGAAUGGAGAGAUGGGAUCAUACAGGCACUACGUGUUAGAGACAUCUCCCGAUGACUCCAGGGUAGAAACCAGCCACGCCUAUGUCAACACCUUGACACGAGGUGACCUUUCAACCCUGAGAUGGGUGGCCUCACCCAUGACCUACAUGACCCCGGAACAGCUUGGCCAGGAUGUAUCCGUGUGCAGCGUGUACUAUGCAUCUCUGAACUUCAGAGAUAUUAUGCUUGCCACCGGGAAGCUGCCUCCGGAUGCACUGCCAGCUGAGCUUGCCCAGAAGGAGUGCAUCCUAGGCCUGGAGUUCUCAGGUCGCCUUGGCAACGGGAGACGGGUGAUGGGACUGGUGCAGAGCGAUGGUCUAGCGACCUCGGUAGCCGCAGAAAACCAUCUCCUCUUCGACAUCCCUGAUGCUUGGUCCCUCGAACAGGCGGCGACUGUCCCUGUUGUCUACUGCACAGCUUACUAUGCCCUGGUCGUACGAGGGCAACUGAGAAAAGGAGAGACUGUCUUGAUUCACUCUGGGUCUGGCGGGGUGGGGCAAGCCGCCAUCGGUAUCGCCCUGAGCUAUGGAUGCAGAGUCUUCACAACAUGUGGAACCAAGGAAAAGAGAGACUUCUUGAAAAAACGCUUCCCUCAACUGACCGAGGACAGCUUUGCCAACUCCCGAGAUCUCACCUUUGAACCUCACAUCAUGAAAGCAACUAAUGGCAGAGGAGUUGAUGUGGUCCUGAAUUCACUGGCAGCUGAGAAGUUGGAAGCUAGUCUGAGGCUACUGGCCAUGCAUGGACGGUUCCUGGAGAUUGGAAAGUACGAUCUGUCACAGAAUACUGGACUAGGCAUGGCUCUGUUCUUGAAGAACACCUCCUUCCACGGUGUCCACCUUGACCGACUGAUGGACGCUGGCAAUCCAGACUGGCCAACCGUGGCUCAGCUCAUGAAGGAUGGGAUCGCAUCGGGAGAAGUGCGCCCUCUCAAUGCCACCACAUUCCAGCGAGAUGACGUGGAGACAGCAUUCCGGUUCAUGGCUCAAGGAAAGCAUAUUGGAAAGGUCCUCAUACAAGUCAGAACAGAGGAGAAGGAAAAGAUGGUCGCACCCAUCCCUCAAAAGUUCUCUGCUGUUACCAAGAACAACUGCCAUCCUCUCAAAGUGUACAUCGUCACCGGUGGCCUGGGAGGCUUUGGCCUAGAGCUUGCUCAGUGGCUCAUAGACAGAGGAGCAAGGAAUCUCGUCCUGACCUCCCGGUCUGGAGUGAGGAACGGUUACCAAGCCCACCGCAUCGCCUGCUGGCAGGAGCAAGGCAUCAAGGUUCUCAUUUCCAAGAGGGAUGUCGGCCAGCUGAAGGAGGCGGAGCUACUGAUCCGAGAAAGCCAGAAGAUGGGAGCUGUCGGUGGUAUCUUCAACUUGGCAAUGGUAUUGCGAGAUGGAAUUUUUGAGAACCAGACCCCAGAGACCUUCCAGCAAUGCUGUGCCCCCAAGGUCAAAGGCACUGUGAACCUAGACCUUGUGACCCGACAACUGUGCGGUCAGGAGCUGGAAUGGUUUGUCAUGUUCUCCUCGGUCAGCUGUGGGCGUGGCAAUGCUGGACAGACCAACUAUGGCUUGGCUAACUCAUCCAUGGAGAGGGUGUGUGAAAAGAGAAAGGAGGACGGAUUUCCAGGAUUGGCCAUCCAAUGGGGCGUAAUUGGUGAUGUCGGUGUUGUCGUGGAUACCAUGGGUGGUAACGAUACUGUGAUCGGUGGAUGCAUAUCUCAAAGAAUGCCUUCCUGUCUCGCUACCCUGGACUGCUUCUUGUCACAAUCUAGCCCUGUCGUGUCCUCCAUCGUCCCUGCAGAGCGAGUGGACGCUACUAGCAACCAGGGCACCAAGGCCAGGCUGACAGACUCCGUAGCUCAUAUCCUUGGAUUGAGUGACCCUGGCAGUGUCAGCCAGGAUGCCACACUGUCCGAUCUUGGUCUAGAUUCCUUGAUGGGUGUCGAGGUCAAACAGACCCUGGAGAGGGAUUACAGCAUUCAGAUGGGAAUGAAGGAGCUGCGGCAGCUCACCAUGCGCAAGCUGGCUGAUCUUGACUCUGGCAGCGAUGGAUCCGCCGCUGGAACGGACGCCACUGAUGCUGCUGCGGUUGCGGCAGAUGGAGACGAAGGGAAACAGUUUGCAAAGGCCUUCAGCAACUCACCAUCAAUGCUGUCUGCUUCCACCAAGGACACUGUCAUCAAGAUGAAUGACAUCUCCAACGAGAAGCUCUCGCCAGUGUUUCUCCUGCACCCUAUCGAGGGCUCACUCUCUGUGUAUGACGAGUUCGCCCAGCAGAUACCUCUGCCCUGCUACGGAGUGCAGUACACACCUGCUGUUCUCAACAAGUUCGUUCCAGAGAUGGCAGCGUACUAUGUGCAGCAGAUCAAGGAGAUCCAGAGCCAUGGUCCAUAUCGCUUUGUUGGUAUGUCCUAUGGUGCCUGCCUUGCUCUAGAGAUGGCCUUCCUCCUGGAAGCUGCUGGCGAGGAGGUCACCCCUCUCAUCUCACUGGAUGGGGCACCUGCUUACCUGUCAUGCCACACCGAUUUCUUCCAUAAGAAGUUUGCAGGAGCGAAGACUAAAGAUGGAAAGGAACUCGGAAAGGAUGCUGGUAAAGAUGUCGGCAGCCUUUUGACUUUUGCCAUGCAACACACACAAGCCAAAUGGCAAGAGCUGAAAGAGCAGCUCAUGGACCUCCAAAGCUACGACACUCAGUUUGAGUUUGUCACCUCCAAGAUCCUUGAAGCCCAGCCCGAUCUGAGCCGGGAGGACAUCGUGUUCUCCAUGGAGGGGUUUGUCCAACGUGUCAAGACCUGCCUGGGCUACAAGCCAGAGGGGAAACACAGGGGAGACAUCGUCUUUGUGAAGGCGUCGCAGGGCUCUGAGAUCAUGUCCGUGUAUGGACUGGACAAGGAUUAUGACCUCGGCAAGUACUGCACAGGCAAGCUCCACAUCGGUGUAGCAGAAGGGGAACAUGGCACCAUUCUGCAGGGACCCGGGCUCGUCACUAUUGUACCUACAGUGAAGCAAGCCCUCAAUAUUAAAUAAUAAAUUCCUGAAACCAUGGCAUUCCAACCAAAGAGCACAUUUCAUCAGCAUUUUUCCUUUUAUGUACAUUUAAUGUGACCAUUUAGUGUGAUCUUAUUCCAACUACUGAGGAUAUAGAUUUAUAUAAAUAUAUUUAAUUCUCAAAGGAAUAUUCUUGUUUUAAUGAAAUCAUCAAGUAGUUUUGAAAGCAAAAUGUCAAGUUUCUGUUAAUUUAUGUAAAUGAAAGGAUCUCUGUUUCCUGCUCUGACUUAUGCUAUUUUGCUGUUUUUUUCCUUUAUUAUGUCAUAUUUGCCAUAAUCCUUUUUCAAAGCAGAUUUAUAUCGGAAUAAAGGAAGCUGUAUAUAUUGCUUAUUUUAGAAGUAGAGAUUUUCCUUGACUAAAUAUCCGAUGAAAUAAUUUUAUGCUCCAUCCAGUUUUUAUGUUAGUGCAUUAUUUGUACAUGUUAUUAUAAUUUUAAGGAGAAGGAUUGCAAUCGUUAUUAUGUAUGACAAAAUAUUGAAGGUACCACUAAGGACUCUUCACUAGAUUUGAUUGUGUUAUAGAAAUUGAAAUGUUACCUAUCUGAAAUUGUCUUGCAUAUUCCAUUCUACAGGGUGAUUUAUUACAUAUCAUGGCUGAUAAUUAAGAUUAAAAUAAAAAUAUCAUUCCUGGUACUAAGUCAGAGAAAACUAACCAUCUUGAUAUAUGCAUUAUUGUAUGUGAAAUUUGUAUUUUUAUAUGCUCACUUUUGUCACAAGUUACCUAAGCUAUUAAAGUAAGUUUAUUUGGUUUAUAAAUUUAAUGUAGAAAUGUCUCAAUUUUCAUAAGAGCUCUGAAUUGUGAGUGGAAGCAAGUGAUAACUUCAUAUUAUUAUUGUAAAUGUGAUGAUGUUAUUUAGAAGUAUGAAUUCAAGUAGGAAAAUAACAAAUGUUUGAAAUCUUUUGUUUACUUUUAGUUCUUUUCAUUCGUUUGUUUACAUUUAG